AUGUACAAAACGGCCGGAGAGGAAAAGAAAAUUGUCGAGGACGGUCUCCUCUACUUGAACAGAACUUCUUUUUCUGUAAUCUUUGAGCAUUUCGUGGAACAAUAUGAGCAACCUUACCCUCAGGUUCAUGCUGAAGUUCAAGUCUUGGAGCACUUUUACCAGAGACGGCUCUCUUUUGCGGAAGACGAUCGAUUUGUUGCUUGCAGCAAGCCCACUUGCCUCUGCUGUGAGCUAUACUUCAAACAUCAUCCAGCGCGCAUGGUGCUGCCUUCAUCACACCGGAAAGUCUGGACAAGAUGGAGCCCUCCGGUCGUGAAGACUUUUACCAAGAACGAUAUGACAGCUCGAGAGCAAAAGCAGAUUAUGAGCAAGAUAACGCAAGAGCUCCGUGACCAGAUCAUUGACCAAGUCUUGCGGCGCUCACAAGCAAGUCGCUGGCAUCCAGACUCUAGAACUUGCAUCACGGAGCUGCGCUCUGUGAGUAACUUCAAUUUUCAUGAAGAGCAAAACAUUUGCGAAAAUGCAUACAGUGAAUCUGUUGCAGAUCCCUUGAAUAGUUCAGAGCCCGAGAGCGAGGUGGGGCUAGAUCAGGAACUUGAUUCGGACGAUGGUGGCGUGUCCAUUUACAUUUAA